UUCCGUUAAUUGCCGAGUGACCAGGUUAAUUAAUGGUGCACGUGCGAGUUUUAGAAGACACGAACCGCCAGGUGCAAGAGUGACAACCCGCAAAGUCUUGAUGUUGUUGGAACAUUUUCGAGAAAAGUGGCCUCAGCUGGCGUGACUCACAUCCUGUAGAGUCUGAACUUUGUGAGAAAGCGGGCGGCACGGAGCCGGUCUGCUUCCUGGAAUCCAGCGUGGGAUUCCCCCCACGUCUCCCACACCCCCCCCUCUUGGUGUCAUAGUGCCUUCGAGCUGCAGAGUGGAAGCCUGUACCUGCCAGGUGCUGAGGAGUCCUGCUUCGCUAUUGGCUGAAGGGGUUUCGGAGCAGCUCGUCAGACUUCUGUCGCUUCAAAAGAGCUGCUGAGGGGAAACAUUCCUACAGAUAUCUGGAGCAGGAAGGGGGACGGCAGAGAGAAUCACCGUUGUCUUUGGAAACGCCAAAACCAUCACCCAGACAAACAGGAAGCAUGGCUUCUGUUGCUCCUUUCAGCCGCAAUCAGUGGGCUUCCCAGUCUUUGAGGGUCACCGCUAAAGAGCUGUCCAUCGUGUCCACUCGGGGCAAAAGCAACGCCAUCGCCGAACGCUUCUCCAAGUAUCAGAUGGCAGCAGAGGAGGGCAGCGCAGUGAGGAAGAAAACGGGUGUGGAAGCUCGGCAGUCUGCGCUGUCCGGAGGAAACCUGAGUGUACUGAAGAAACGCUGGGAGCAGCAGCCUCAGGCUUCAUCCUCCAGUCCCGCCGUCUCCCACAACACUUCAUCGCCUCACCGCAAAGCUUCCCCGUCCUCGCCCCUCCACAUGUCCAGCACCACCCAGGAGACGGAGCCCAAAGCCCAGGUUUACUCUGAGAUCAGCAGCGGCCAGGUGGAGAUGGAGGGAAAGCCCAGCAGGGAUGCAGAAGAUCACGAGGGUCCCGCAGAGGCGGAAGUGUCCGACAUUGAGAAGCCCAGCAUUCCCCUCACCAGCCUGAAGAUGAUGUUUGAGAGAGGAGAGACUCCAGACAAGGCCUCCAGAGAGCAGACGAGCAGCAGCUCAGCCAACAUGGACCACCAACUAGCAGACGGGAGUCUUGCAGAGUCCACUCCUCUCCGGGACAGGAUGGCCCUCUACAAAGCUGCCAUCUCCAAACAGGAAGUGACUAACGAUCAGCUUGAUAAGCAGAAGGAGAACGUUCCUCCCUGCUCUCUGGACACGAGUCCGGAGUCUGAACCAAUCAGCCGGAGGGUUUUUACUGCAGAGAGUAACGGUUCUGGUCCUGGCACUCCUGUAUCAUCAGCUCAGAAGGAAUCAAAAACUCCUAAAGGCUUUCGCCCGCCGGCGAGGGAGACCUGCGUGUCCUGCCAGAAGACGGUUUAUCCUCUGGAGAGGUUGGUGGCCAACCAGCACGUGUACCACAGCACGUGCUUCCGCUGCACGCACUGCAACACCAAACUGAGUUUGGUGAACUACGCCUCCCUGCACAACAACGUCUACUGCAAGCCGCACUUCUGCCAGCUCUUCAAGGCCAAAGGAAACUACGACGAGGGCUUCGGCCACCGGCCUCACAAAGAGCUGUGGGAGAGCAAAGGCGAUGGCGUGGAGGGCUCGCCGCAGUCCAGCUGUGCGAGCAAAGCCAAGCCCCAGAGCCCCGCCCCAGACCUGGAAAGCCCCAGCGUGGAGGAGACCCCGCUGGCCAAGGUCAACGUCCUGAUGGCCAGCAUGGAGGCUCGGAGCCAAGGAUCCUCUGAGAAGGCCGACAGACCCCCCGAGACCCGGAGGCUCAAGAUCUCCUGGCCCCCCCGAACGGAGCCGGAGGACGUCUCCCCCCAGAGUUCCUCCUCAGCAGCUUCUGAGAUCAGCUCCACCGGGAAGCCCAUCAGAGCCAAGUGGCCUCCCGAGGACGAUUCCCUCACCCCGUCCCCCGAGGAGGCCAGAGGCUCCCCCUGCCUGCUGCAGAGCUCCUCCCUGAAGGAGCGCAGCCUGGCCUUCACACAGCCCAGCAGCAAGCCCAGCGGGGGGCAGCUCAGCCCCGAGGCCUCCAUGGAGCUGCAGCACGGCGGCCUGUCCGACAGCAACACCCCCACGGAGGACAGCUGUGUGGACGUGCACAGCAGCUCCGGAGAAGAGGAGCACAACGGAGAGAUGAGGAGCAACACGGCAGACAAUCCCUCUGAGGAGGAGCUGGAGGAGCUGACAGAAGGUCCAGCAGAAGAGGAGGAGGAGGAGGAGCAGAUGGAGGAGGAGGAAGAGAAGCUGAAUGGAGAGAUGCCAGUGAACCAGGAGAGUCCCGCAGAACCCACGGACAUCUCCUCUCCUGAGGGGGAGGUGGUGGCCAGCCGCUCCUCUCAGGACGUGGGCUUCUGGGACAGCGAGGAGGUGGAGGAAAAGGAGGAGGAGCAGCUGACGGUGGAGGAGAUGAUCAAACGAAACCGAUGCUACGAUGACGAAGAGGACGUGUGAGGAGACUCCCAGAACUCCUCCUGAUUAUUUUUAUAAACCCCAAAACGUCUGGGGAGGAACGUUGAGUCUUAGUGCCUCUUUGAACCGUCUGAAGCCAUUUAAAGCCAUUCCUGCAGGAUAGUUUUAUAAUGUAGUCUAGUCCUUUUCAAUGUUUUUAAGAUGAAUCCUGACCAAAGCUUUGGACCUGACGUGCUGAAAGAGCGCCACCUGUCUGUCGGGGUUCUGCUGACGGAGAGUCGACGUCUUUGGAUCAUGAUUUCCAUUUUUAAAGAGCUGUAACCCGAUCUGAAAAUACCCUGUUUUUAAAGCCUCUUCUGUUUAAAUAAAUGAAUAUUAACUUUGAGUGGAAAUCUUUUCCUGAUCGAUAAAUGUCACAAUGUUU